GCAGCCUCCUCGCGGACUUCCGGGUCGCGGUGCUCGCAGGGAGCGCUCACGUAGAGCGUCGUUUCCGUUGCCGGUGUUUGCAGCUGGGGGAAACCGAGGCAGUGCCAGCUUCCCCCUAGUUCUUCCGCUCCUGUGAGGAAAACAUGUUCUUGUCUUUGUGGGAGUUUUUCUAUGGACACUUUUUCCGAUUUUGGAUGAAAUGGAUCUUACGACAGAUGACUGGCAAGUGUGAACUGCAGCGAAUUUUUGACACCUAUGGAGGGGCACAGAGGACCUACAGAAUAGAAAAUUCCUUGACAUAUUCCAAAAAUAAGGUCCUACGGAACGCAACACGGGUCGCUGAGAGCGAGCUGGACAGGUGUAUAGUGAACAUCAUGAAGGAAAAGAAUAUCUGCCCCGAGAAAGACACCAGUUUUCAAAUCUGCAUGAGGACGUGCUUACUGCAGAUAACUGGCUAUAAACAGCUCUACCAGGAUGUAGAGAAUGUGAGGAAAAAGCCCUAUGAUUCUGCCAAUGCACAGCAUGAGAAGCUGCUCCUCAAGCUUUGGAGUCUUCUGAUGCCAACGAAAAAGUUGAAGGCCCGGAUCUCCAAGCAGUGGGCAGACAUUGGUUUCCAAGGUGAUGAUCCCAAAACAGACUUCAGAGGCAUGGGCAUACUUGGACUGAUCAAUCUUGUGUAUUUCAGUGAAAACUACACCAGCGAAGCGCAUCAGAUUCUCUCCCGCUCAAAUCACCCCAAGUUAGGGUAUUCUUAUGCAAUAGUUGGAAUCAAUCUUACAGAGAUGGCUUACAGCUUACUGAAGAGCGAGGCCCUGAAGCUUCACCUCUACAACUUUGUCCCCGGGGUACCAACAAUGGAGCACUUUCACCAGUUUUACUGCUACCUUGUCUAUGAGUUUGACAAGUUUUGGCUUGAGGAAGAGCCAGAAAGUAUUAUGUACUUCAACCUGUACAGAGAGAAGUUCCACGAGAGGAUCAAAGGACUCCUGAUGGACUGCAAUGCUGUGCUCACUCUGAAGACAUGAGCCAUCCGUGGAUCUUCACUUUCUACCACGUUUUGCACACACAACAGAAUUUAUAUGUUAUUAUAGAAAUUAUCUGAUUAACUACACUCAUAUAAUUUCCUACAAAAAAUACUUCAGAAACUCUAUUUAAGAAAGCUAGCGGACAAUCAGUGUAUGUUUACAGUUGUUUAUACACUGUUCCCCAAAGAGCCCUUCCCGAGUCACACGAACUACAGUUUGGAACUUGGGUCUUAGCCUGUUAGUUUAAAAGUAUAAAUCAGGUAUAUUUAUAUUUAGCCAAUUGAUCAAAAUGUGCACGAAUCUGUUCUCAUUUCAUGUGUGGUGCUCCCAAGCUGGUGUCAGUUUUAAAACUCUGCAGGGUUACUGUUCACCCUGGAAGUGGCUUUUGAAUGCUCUUUGUCUUUUUAUUUCUAGGCAGAUCAGCACAGGGUGUCCUCUGAGGCUUUCUUUGCAUCUCAAGCUCUUGUCAAGAUGUCCUGUCCUUAGAGCAGAGAGAGCGUGGCUCUGUUAGGGAAGGCAAACAAUCAUGGCUUCCUUUUGAUUUCUCUGGUGACUGACUGACAGAAAGGAGAGGAUGGCAAUACUGAUGAUUAAAUUCUCAUUUAUAAGUAGCCCACGGUCUUAUUUAAGGAUUCUAGGCAUUUCCUUCAGUUCGGUAUUUGCUGUUAUCAACUGUGGAGGGAACCUUCUGCAGAGCCCCACUGGGAGAACCUCUGCCUGUGUGGUUAGAAAGGAGGUGCCUCUGCUGAGAAAACCCUGUUUGCUUUUGAAACAUAGUUUCUUUUUUCAUAAAACUGUCUUUGAAACUUACACAAGAAGAAAACUUAGAGCUUUUUAGACAUCUGUUCCCUUUCAUUGGUGUCUGACUUGCUGUUCACUUUUGCUUGCCCUUGAUUUGACUCUGGUGUUUCUGGGUAAUGUUGUAGGGACCUGGGUUAGCAGGCUAUGGGGUGCUACCAUAGCCUAGAUCAUGACUGUGCAUUUUUGUAUAGCUUUAUUCUCCAAAAUCUCAGGAGGGCAGCAAGUACUGUCGAGGAUUGUGUGUGAGGAGAUUCUAAUGGGGUGGUUUCUUCUUGGCAUGCUUUAGAGAUUGUUUCUCAGAGCAAAACUAAAAGAGCCUAAAGAUAGGAAAGAUAAUUGGACGGGGAAGCACUGCCUAAGUCCCGUGGAAACCAGUUUAUAACAUCAUAGUGUAACCUAAAACAUGGUGAUGUUUGCACAUCUUUUAGUAUCAGGUACUUAAAGACUAGCUUGUGUGAUAAAGGAAAGUUUGCUACUUUGUCACAAUUUGUAUAUGUCUUUUGACACGUCUGUCUUCACACGGUACAGAUGUCCCAUGGGAGAGCCACAGCUGCUGUGUUGUGUAGCGCUGCAUUGCACAGCAUGGGUUGACAUUGUUUGUCCUUAAGGAAGAUGAAACUUAUUUUUAAGUUGAUUUGUUUUAUAAUACUAGAAAGGAUUUAGCUUUUCAGUAUUACAGGAAUUUAAUAAUUGAUUUCUUAUAGGGGACUUGUUGACCCUGGUAAUAUAAUAAUUUCAUUUUUAAAAAUCUUUUGUCAUACAGGUUUUAUGAUGUAUUAUGUAGCAAAACCCUAACAAGGAGCACAUGUUUACCAUUCUUGUUCACUGUAUUAUAGUGUGAAGUCUUCCGUGGAAAGCAGCUGUGUUAGUCUUUAACUUUUGUGCUAAAAGUACUUGUGCAUGUAUUUUAAUCUUUCAGCAGCCUAGAUCUUGGACUGAUUUAACUCUUUAUCAGCAUAUGUAAUAAAAAGACUACUUGAAGUAUGAAAGAGGAAAUAAUAAUUAACAAUAAUAAUAAGUAAUUAUUUCCUGGCUGAAAAAAACUUUAAUGAUGCUAAGAACAUAUUGUCAUGGAUUGGUUAAUGUCACAGUCUUUAAAUCCUCUUUUGUUUGUACAUUACAGAUAUUGUUUGGGUUUUUUUUUUUUUUUUUUUUUUUUUUGUUAAAAUCAUCAUUAGCCAUUUCAGGUAAUUAUAUAGUGAACUGAUCUGUAAGCCAAUUCCAGCUUCAAAGUUCUGAUAUUCUGGGAGUUUGACUGUCACUAGUUAUACACUAGAAUGUCCCAGGAAUCUCUGGCCGAUGAGCUAGGUGUGUACAGGAAAGGAACAUCACAGUCCGUUUUAAAACUGCUGCAGACAUCAGAAUGUCAUGCAGUUUUAAAACCAAUGUUUAGAUGUUUAGUCCUGUGUCUAGAACUAGUAAAAUUACAAUGUAGCAAUUGGUAGUAAUGGCAUUGAAGUACAAGAAAGUUACAUUACUUUUAGAUUAGAUCAAGUAGAAUCAAUGUGGAGAUGGAUUCUUGUAUAUGUGGCAGUAAAGACAUUUUACCAGUGACAAGAGUAGCAUAAAAAUAUAACCACAACAUUUAACAGUUCAGAUGCUCUGAAAGACAAUCUUUAAAAAUGGGAGACACUUGGUUAUCACUGAACCUAGACUGGGCUCUUUGUAAAUAAAUGUAACAGUACAGCUAGGUAUAAAAAUGAACUUAAAAAUGGCACCAUUUACAGUUCAAAAAUCAGACUCUUUUUCUUAAAAAUUUCUACCUUGUUUUUUCUUUCUUUCUGUUUUAGAGCUACUUGGAUUUGUGUUAUUUUUCUAUGAAAAUGUGCACAGCUUUUAUUCUUCCCUCAAUGUUGACCAUUGUUCAUAUCAUUCUGUUCCUUGAGAAUAUUCAGCGAAAGGGAUUUUGAUUAAAAGUUUUGCUCAAAGAAAAAUGAUUACUUGGGUGUGAAAAGCAGCUCUUCAUUUCUGCAGCAGAAGGGUAUCAACAGCAUAGAAGGUGGAGUUUUGCCUGGGAGGGUGAUAGUUUAUUCUUGUGCUCAUAACUGGGGACCAGCAGCUGCAUCCUCAGAAUAGGUGCUCUAUUCUAAUCUAUGAAGGAUGGUGCAUCUGGGGAGGCUUUGUCAUCAUGUUCACAUGGAGUAGCCUCUCCACACAAGUGGCUUUUAAGUGAAGAUGACUAAUUCACACUCUGAGAAAAAUAAUGAUGUGUGUUUUUGUAUUUUCUGUCUCCAUUUUCUGAUGAGAUAAAAGUUUUAAAUGUAGGAGGACCCAACAACCACAUUGACUUUGGUGGGGUAGCUCUAUGUUUUGUUAAAGUAUUGACAAAUAUUUAAGCUGUAGUGUUACCUGAGGGAAAGUACCAGUUGGUAACUUAAAGUUUUGUCUAUUUUGCAUCAAGCAUUUUGAGUUUCAUGUAAAAGCAAUAGUGUGAGAUGUGACGUCCUUUCGUUUGCGAUGUUAAGUGAGAGAAUAAAAUCACAGCUGAAACUGU